UAGCCAGUCUCGCUUGAUACAUCUUAACGGACGAAGUCUUCACUUGGUGUCAGUAAAAAUGGUGUCUAGGAUUAUGUGUAUUAUAAUGUUAGUGGCUGUUGCAAGUGGUGCAACGUGGCGUGGCAAGCUUCCCCUGAAACCAGAACAUCUUUUACAUAAAGAAGGGUGUUACGUGAAAGAGAUUGGUGACGUCAUACCCUUCGGUGAAUCAGUGUCUCCUGUUGGCAUCUGCUACAGAGUUGAAUGUAGCCAGCGCGAAAUAAAUUAUUCUACGUGUGGUGAUAUCUCAGUAAUAGAUUCACCUAACUGCUAUACUACGGAUAUGGAUCUAAGCCAGAGCUAUCCCAGAUGUUGUCCAGAUGUCAAAUGUGACUUUGACAAUAACCUUAUUUAGUCAGCAUGAGUUUACCCUGGUCGAAAGCACAUUCAAUCUAGAAGUACAAAAUAUGUGACCCGAUUGGAAUUUUUGGUACUUAACACAGAUAUUUCUUUGUUUGUGGCCAAAUGAAUGGAUUCAUAGACUGACCGUUUGUUUAGGGAAAUAAUGGAUGGGGCACGUCACAAAAAGGUUGGGAAAUACUGGUCUAGUAGCAUCAAUUUUUGCGAAAUGUUUAACGCUGAAAAUGAAUGAUAUUACAGCAGUGCAGCAUUACGAAGUUCUAUAUCUAUACGUUGUAAUGGCAGCACAGCAUCGAAAGUAAGAAAUAUAUGGAACAUGCUGAUCGCCUCCGACGCGUUGGUGAUUAUUUAUGCACAAUAUAAUCCGGUGGUAAUGCAGUUAGAUUUCGCGAAACAAUAAUUGGUCCGGAUUGAUGGAACUUUUUGGACCUAUGUUUUGCUUAAAUUUAUAUUCUGUUAUCGUUGCCUUUAAUAAAUGUAAAUCUGUGUUAGAUCAGGAUUGCUCAAACUACCUUAACACCUCUCAUUUACUUAUUGAAGAUAAUUUUUCCUAUGUACAGAGAAAAUUGGCAAAUUAUGAGAUAAAUUGAGAGUUGCCUAACGAGAUUUUAUAAGUAAGUGUUAUUGAUAAGAGUUCCUUAGAAGAGUUAGAGAUACAUAGCUAUCGUCCGACUCAAGACGCUAUCUUGCCACCAAAUUAUUGUUAUUUAUUUUAUUAGUUGUAAAUUUAAGUGUAAUUGUGGCUUUGGAACACUUAUUCAUAAGCGUACUAAGCCAAAGUUUUGUGUUUAUCACACGUUACUGUGCUUAUAAAUAAAAUUUACGUUUAUGAUUUAAGGUGUUUAGAUGUAACUUGUUAGAUAUAAUAAAAUUUAUAAAUAUA